AUGUAUCUCUGUAACAGUCUUAUUCUGUAUGUAUGUUUUAUAUGUUAUGCCCGUAGUAAUGACUAUAUAUUCUCGCCAAAUAUUUCCUAUGAAUCUGUUAUCGAACUUCAAGAUUUGUUACUCAAAAAUUACAGCAAAGAUUUCCGACCCAUAAAAAGGCAAGCAGAGGCGAUUGUGAUCGAGGUAUACUGGGAGCUAAGCUCCAUCAACGGCUUCAACGAAGUGGCAGGAGAACUCGUGACUAGUUCCAGAUUCAUAAAUGUAUGGAAGAAUGAAUUGAUGCAAUGGAAUAUGUCAGUGUACUACACAUCUUAUAUAAUUCUGAACAGUGAAAACAUAUGGAAUCCGGUUCUUGCUUUGGAUAACCCGACUGGCGAUGAUAAUAUGAAGAACGAAUAUAAGGAAGGAACUAUUCGCUGUACUGCAGUUGGUGAUAAUUUCUUAACUGUUGCUGUACAGACAAGUACGAGUUGCCAACCUGACAUGCGAUUAUAUCCAUAUGAUCGUCAUAACUGUACUCUCAAAAUAUACUCACCUGACUACUUCAUAGGAGAAAUGAAGCUGAUUCCCUCAGUUAACACCGAUAUGGCAAAAUUAGAGCAAGACUCUCAAUGGGAAAUUACAGAAAUAUAUGCCUACAAUGAUGACACUGAAAUGUAUAGCCGGUCUGCCUUUGGAAUUGUUCUCAAAAGAAAACCUCAAUUUAUCAUCAUUAAUCUAUUGACACCGAUUGUCCUGCUAUGUUUCCUCAACCUAGCUGUAUACAUUCUUCCUCCACAGUCCGGAGAGAGAGUGUCGUUCUCUGUCACCAUGUUUCUCUCGUUUUCGGUCUACAUGACACUUAUAUCGGAGAAGAUGCCUGUAACCAACCCGGUGUCAAUCUUCACUCAGUAUCUCGUAUGUAAUGUAGGAUAUAGUGCCUUUAUUCUCUUCACGACUGUAGUUGGACUGAGAUUUCAUUUAGUACAGGAGGACGGAGAAAUGAUGCCUAGUUGUGUCUCAAAAUUUGUGAGAUUUGUAUCGUGGUGUUGUUCCCCUACUGUGAAAUCGCAGUAUGAUAUCGACAAAGAUGGCACAAUGACAGUCGCUGUAAGUGGAAAUGAUUUUAUGCCUCCCGUAAUAUCCAUGACCAAGGGCGAUUCUGCUAAAGACAAGACAGAUGGUAACAUGCUGAAAAAAGACUUUGGCAAAAUUAUAGACAGACUUUGCCUGAUAGUCUUAUUGUCAACGCUCGUAAUAGGCAAUAUUACCUUUGUGAUGUAUAUUGCUUUAUCGUAA